AUGAGUCUCACCAAUCCCUCGUCGGCGGCGUCGGGCUCCGCAUCCGUUUCCGCCCGGAACCAGACUUUGAAAAGGAGCGUACAUGCCGCUUUUGAAGAUCCCCAUGACCGUGGUGGAAAUAUGGGCUACCAGUCCAAAGUUAGGGUCAUUGAUAGAUACAAGGUAAUCGGCUUCAUCAGUAGUGGAACCUACGGGCGAGUAUAUAAGGCUGUGGGACGGCAGGGCCAGACCGGCGAAUUUGCCAUCAAGAAGUUCAAGCCGGACAAGGAGGGCGAGCAAAUACAAUACACUGGUAUCUCCCAGUCGGCCGUCCGAGAGAUGGCUCUCUGUUCUGAGCUGAAACACGACAAUGUUAUUCGGCUCAUCGAGAUCAUCCUGGAAGACAAGUGCAUAUUCAUGGUGUUCGAGUAUGCGGAGCACGACCUGCUGCAGAUCAUCCACCACCACACGCAGCAGCCGCGGCAUAGCGUCCCACCGCCGACCGUCAAGAGCAUAAUGUUCCAGCUGCUGAACGGCUGCCAGUACCUUCACAGUAACUGGGUCCUGCACCGGGAUCUGAAGCCGGCCAACAUCAUGGUCACGUCCGGCGGGCAGGUCAAGGUCGGAGAUCUGGGCCUGGCUCGUCUCUUCCAGAAGCCGCUCCAUUCCCUCUUCAGCGGCGAUAAGGUCGUCGUCACCAUAUGGUAUCGUGCGCCAGAGCUGCUCCUGGGGAGUCGGCAUUACACGCCCGCGAUUGACAUGUGGGCUGUGGGGUGCAUCUUCGCCGAGCUUCUGUCCCUGCGGCCAAUCUUCAAAGGGGAGGAGGCCAAGAUGGACAAGAAGACGGUACCCUUUCAGCGGAAUCAGAUGCAAAGGAUUGUCGACAUCAUGGGCCUACCAAACAAGGACCGUUGGCCCUAUCUCACCAGCAUGCCCGAGUACAACAAUCUGGCCACGCUGCAGGCGCCUUCGUUACACCAGGGGCAUCACCACCACGGAGGUCACGGCAAGUCGGCGGCGGCUUCGACAAGUCUUCUCGCGAAGUGGUACUACAGCACAAUCGGCGCGCACUCGUCGACAUCGUCACCCUCGUCAAACAACAGCCUCAGCGCCCUUGGCGCUGAGGGCUACAAACUCCUGUCAGGACUGCUCGAGUACGACCCGGAGAAGCGUCUAACGGCCGCGCAGGCGCUGCAGCACCCAUUUUUCAGCAGCAAUACCGGAGUUGGCGACAAGGUCAGCAACAACUGCUUCGAGGGGCUGAAGACUGCGUAUCCGCAGCGCCGCGUCAGCCAGGACGAUAAUGACAUACGCACCAGCAGCCUGCCCGGGACGAAACGGUCCGGGCUGCCGGAUGACAGCGUUGUGAGGCCGGUCAAGAGGGUCAAGGAAGCUUGA